AUGGCCGCUAUUUGCCGAUGGCGCCAAAACCGCACCACCAUCAUCAUCACACAUGACAUCGCCUCAAUUGAAGAACAAGACUUUGUCUACGUCAUGUGGGAAGGCUCUUUUGUCGAGCAAGGGUUCCGAUUGGACCUCCUGCAAGCGGAUGACGAGCUUCCUGGAUAUGACACAGUUGCAGAGAUCCUCGCAGUGGAGAAUGAUGAUGAGGAUGAGCUCCCAGUUCACGAAUGA